AUGGUUGGUAAUGGGGUGGGUGAUGAGGUGGGUGAUGAGGUGGGUGAUGAGGUGGGUGAUGAGGUGGGUGAUGAGGUGGAUGAUGAGGUGGGUGAUGAGGUGGGUGAUGAGGUGGGUAAUGAGGUGGGUGAUGAGGUGGGUGAUGUGGUGGAUGAUGGGGUGGAUGAUGCGGUGGAUGAUGCGGUGGAUGAUGCGGUGGAUGGUGUGGAUGAUGGGGUUGGUAAUGGGGUGGGUGAUGAGGUGGGUGAUGUGGUGGAUGAUGCGGUGGAUGGUGUGGAUGAUGCGGUGGAUGGGGUGGAUGAUGGGGUGGAUGGGGUGGAUGAUACGGUGGGUUGUGUGGAGGAGCAUAGUGCGGGUAAUCAGGUGGAGGCGGCAUUUCGUGCACAAUGA